AUGGGGAAUGCACUAUGCUGUCUGCAAGAUUCCUCAGCUGCUGCAAGAAGCAAAGAGGUGAUGUACGAUGUGAGGCAACAGGCCAAUCACGAGUAUGUUAAUCAGACAUUUCCGAGAGAAGAUACUUCAAUCAAUUUUCUUCCUCAUAUUAGUGAAAGGGAGCUGCCCGAUGAGAUCGGUGAGGACCCAUCAACGCAGCCAAUGGUUAAGCCAAUAUUUAUGGAACGAAGCCGAAGUGAAAUGAAGUUAAAAGAUAAUCGUCGUUCGUUCUAUGUGUUGGAUGCACAGAGUUUGACCACCGUUAUGUCUCCGUUACAAAAGUCGAAUAGUUGCUCGACAAUAUUUCUCGAUGAUUCUACCAUUUCGCAGCCAAAUUUAAAAAAUACGAUCAAAUGUAUUUCUUUAGCUAUUUAUUAUCACAUUGUGAAUCGAAAAAAUCGUGCUCAUGAGAGACUGAUGGAAAUUUUUGAAGAACGACUGCAUCCAAUCACGAGAGAUCCAAUUCCAAUCGAAAUGAUGUCGAGAGAUCCGGAUCAUCGGCAAAUAUAUCGUUUUAUCAGGACCCUUUUUCAUGCUGCCCAAUUAACAGCAGAGUGCGCAAUAAUCACUUUGGUACGUACUUCGUUCACUAUUAUUCAGUACUUUAUACUUGGCGAGGUUUUAUGUAAGCAUAAGUAA